CCGCCGCAGCCCGCGGGCCGCAGGCGACCGAGCGCCGAGAUGCAGCCGCGGCUCUGGCUCCUCGUGGCCGCGAAGCUCGCAGUUCUCCAGGGCAGCGGUGGCCUCCUGCAGAACCCCGGCUCCCUGGUGCUCCAGACCAACCAAGUGGCUGCAAUGAGCUGCGACUUUAAAACCACCGGCAGCAACAGCCGCAUCUACUGGCUGAGGCAGCGCCAGGCCCCCAGCGAGGACAGCCACCACGAGUUCCUGGCCUCUCAGGAGUACUUAGGGAACGUCACCUAUGGCGAGGCUGUGACACCAAGAACACUCACUCUAACUCGGAGUGGCGCCCGCGUCACCCUCAACCUCAAACACACGAAGCCUGAGGACAGCGGCAUCUACUUCUGCAUGACCAUAGGGUCCCCUGAGCUCAUCUUCGGGAGAGGAACCACCCUGAGCGUGGUUGACGUCCUGCCCACCACCGCCCAGCCCACCCAGAAAUUGCCCCCUGGGAAAUUGCCCCCCGGGAAGAAAAAGUGCCAGCCCCCCAGCCCACGGACCCAGAAAGGCCUGCGGUGUGGUCACGUCACCCUCAGCCUUCUGGUGGCCAGCGUCCUGCUCCUGCUGCUGUCCCUGGCCGUGGCCGUCCACCUGUACUGCCUGCGGAGGAGAGCGCGGCUUCGCUUCAUCAAACAGUUCUACAAAUGAGUGGAGAUGGCGCUUGUGGUGGCCUGCUAUGCGAAGCCACUGGUCAGGAAGGAGCAACAUCUGGACAGAGGAGGAAGAAGGGGACACACUCAAGGCUGGACAUUUCACUGCCAUGCGCGAGCUGCCUGCUUUUAACUGCUGCAACUUCUGUCUGGGGAGCCUCGCACUGGAGCCCUUCAGGAUUCACUGCUGAGCAUCAGAGAGAAGGCUCCAGAGCCCCAGGGCACUUCGCAGAGUGUGCUAGAGGACUGAUAAUCUGCACCAGAGACACCGCCUUUGGUUCCUGUGCUCUCCCCAGGCUGGGCUGGGGCCUUGGUGGUAGCUAUGCAGCCACCAUCUUUGCAAGUUGCUUUGCCCUAGUAUGGCAGGGACAUUGGCUCCCAGGUCUGUUAUUGGGUGGACUUGUGACUGAGGCUUCCGGAGAGGGAAUUCCCAGCAGCCCUGGGAGCCUCCAGCCUUCCUUUGGGGCUGGGAGGCUGUGGGGUUGGGGAAGGAAUUUCACUCCACGGCUUGUAUACUUCUCUCACUCUGUCCUUUUAGGAAAAUAUCUGAGCUAUAAAAAUAAAGUCUUGAUUUAAAGAUA